UAAAUAUUGAAUACACACACACACAUUAGUUUAUGUUUCGGUCGACACACAAGCAUACAUACAUACAAUUUCUCACAUUAGUCUCUUCAGACACCGCGGGUCUACACAGAAACCAAAAUUGUACAUUGCUUGAAAGAUGACUUCCAGGGGAACCACGACAGGCGACCGUGGCGGAUGCCAUUGUGCAGGCGAGAGAAAAUUUACUUGCGUCAAGCCUUGCAAGCGUCACUUGGCCUUGCUCUCCCUAGUCAUAAUGUCAUUCGUUGUCGCCACCGAUGGCCAAACUGGAAAUAGUUCGAGUAUGGGAAUUGCUGCGGAUCAUUGGCGCACGGGCUACGAGGGACACGGCACAACGCACGAACAGGUGGGACAGGUGCACUUUCCGCCCGUGAUCUACACCAGAUUCGAUGGGUUUUUCAACUAUUCGCACGAUCUGUCAUCGGACACAAAAGCUGUGAAUCCCAUUUACAAUUUUACACACUUUAUCUUCGACGCGGUGCUGACCGACGAACCAGCCCUGCCACCCGGCUACAUUGGGGUAAUGAAGGAGCGCCAUUUGGUACUUGGCCGCAAUGUGGAAAGGAACGAGUGGUCUCUGCUGUUGAGUCGGUACUGGCUGGUGCUUUUCUUUGUGAUAUUCCUCUUGGCCGCGAUCAUUGCCGUACCAUUCGUUGCCGUUUGCUAUUGCUGCUUUUGCUGCUGUCUACGGUGCAAGCAGGGUUGCAUCCAGUGCAUGGCAGCUACGGACCGCAGGCGGCGCUUGUGUUGCGGCGUUUGCCUCUUGGUGCUGAUCAUUGGAAUGAUCGUUGGCCUCGCCAUAGCGUUUGUGACGAACAAGUUCUUGGAUCGUGGAUUGGAGGAGUCCAUGGUGACGAUGCGCCGUAGCAACGAGGAUACUUGUACCUUUUUGAGGAAUGUCGCCGAUCACAUCCACCAUCUGUUGGUGUUCAACUUUCAGGAACUGGAGACGCAUUUAAUCGAGCAGAUAAACGAGGCGCAUAAUCACAUCUUCCUGGACCUGGCUGAUACCUCCGACGGUAAUGCUUUGAUGGAAUUAGAGCGCAUACUGGACAAUAUGCCAGCGGCACUAACAAUAAUGAAGCAAUUGAAUUAUCUGGAGAAGGAGUUACGCUUCUAUACAUCAAACCUUCGCGACUCGAUACGAGGCCUAAAAAGAGAUAUGACCUACACAGUAACCCAUUUCUGUGGCAAUACGAAAGAACGUUGUCAUGAAUCCAUGAUCGUCAAUAGCAUUUUGUAUAUGGAUACAUCCACAUGCCUGCACUUGGACCAGCUGCCAAAUACCACAGUCUAUGUGGAAGCCAUUGAGAUGAUUAUUAGGAAGAAAUACAACCUAAUACCGAAAAGGGCCUUGGUUCGAUUUAAUGCAGUUCGUGAAAAGAUCAAGGAGCAGAUGACACACGUUGGGCCGCCGCUUAAACGAUAUAUCGCCGCUGGUCAUUCAACCUUCGAUGAUCACGCCUUACGUAUGCGCACGUUGAUCGAGGCAAUGAUAAGUGAUAUUCACUUGAACACCCUACGAUCCGCAAAGACAUUCGACGAUGUCUAUGAAAAGUUUGGUGCCGAUCGCAGGGCUAUCAAUAUCAUAUGUAUCACAUUACUUGUAAUAAUAAUUAUUAUCCUGCUUACAUCCUUGGCAUGCGGCGUCUGCGGCUAUAGUCGGACUCAUCCUGGACCAAGUGGGUUUGGCAGCAAGGGCAUGGCCGCCUCAUGCCUGCUGAUAGCCAUCAUCAUGAUAUUUUGUAUAUUCUCGUUCAUUGCGCUGAUCGGACUGUUCUACUUUAUGAUCGGGCUGGUUACAUACGAGGGCGCCUGUGCACCAACAACGCAACAGGAGAAGAAUGAACUUUUCCGCCAAGUGGAUGCCGUCAUCGACAUGAAUCGUUACCUGAAGCCAGAGACUGAGGGCGAUAGGUUUGUGAUGCCAGCACUUCACAUGUCAGAGGCAGUCAGGUCCUGCCAAGCCAAUGAGUCCGUAUUUCAGCUGCUGCGUGCGAAUAAUAUGUAUGAUGUCAACGACUUGGCCAGCGUCAAAUUGCUGCCCGACGACCCGGAAAGUGCGCCCGUUUUCACCGAUGAUUUGUCAAAGCUGGACCUUUUGACGGAAAGCGAGAAGCUCGAACUUAAUGAGGUGCGCAACUGCAAUCUCACGUCCUAUCACAGCAUGCUAUACGAUGAGAAUCUAUGCCUGCGAUUAAUGAACGUCGAUUUGUUGUUCCUGGCCAAUGAUUUAUUGGAAGAAUGGGCAACAAAUCCAUCAGUCUUAAAGGAAGACGGUCGAGUGUUUAGUUUUCUGCACAAAUACAGUGCAUUGGCCUACCAUUCUAAAUUCUUCCUCCCCGUGCAACGUGGCAUGAAGAAAGCUUUAAAAAUUGUGAAGGAUAUUGAUAAGCUGAUUCUCUAUCUGAAUCACGACUUUGGCAAUUCCAUUCAAAUACUGCUCACGUCAAUAAUUAACGCAGAGAAUUUUAUCAAGAAGCGCGGCGCUGAGUUUAUCAACAAUCUUGCCCAAAAUCUCACCAGUGCCAUCAACGAACAGUUGUAUGAGUAUCUCGAUAUGGUAAUCACGGAGGCAAACUAUAAUGUCGGACUUUGUCAGCCCCUUGCCUACAUUUACUACGAAGGCGUUUACUUUGUUUGUGCCCGUCUAGUGGAUCCCAUAAACGGAUUCUGGUUGGGUAUACUUCUCUGCGCCCUGCUCCUCUUGCCGACUCUCUUCGUUUGCCAUCGUCUCAUGUGCCUGUACCUCAAAAUCUAUCCCGCUCCGAUGGUCGCUGCAGCCGGUGCCCCUGUGGGAGGAUGUCCUAUUUGCACAGGUGCCCCGUACGUGCCACACGUACCGCCUAGAUGCGGCCUCGAACACGAUGCAGACUGUCAGUGCGCUCCGUGUAAAGUGAAAGGAAAAGGUUUCAAAAAGGGAAAGCGCGGCAGGAGCAAGGGGGGCGAUGCUCCAGUGGAGACAGUGCCGCCUAUGCACCACAGGGGCCCAGUGGCUGAGAUGACUGUGGUAAGCGAGGCAUCAGAGCCGAGCAAGCAUAAAAGAGACUAGAUGUCCUGGUAGCAUAGAUUUGACGAGUAACCAUUGCAAACUCACUGAAUUAUGGACCACCGAUUCAAAAUAUACCGAAUUUACAAUGAGAUUCAUGUGU